AAACUAAAAAAUCCAUUUUACGACGUAGUCACUCUUUUGCGACUAAUCCAACGUCACUGAUUCAAGAUGGCCGACAUAGAAGAUACAGUGUGGCAUCGUGAACUGGAAGAGGCCCUUAUUGAAGGAUGUGACUUUGGCGCUCUGAGAAAUAUUUGUAAAGGAAGGAAAGUUCCUGAUAAAUUCAGGUCACAGAUAUGGAAGAUUUGUUUGAAUGUUGCCGGUAAAGGAGACUCAUUGGACUCAUUUGAUGGCAUAUUUGAUAUGACAGAGCAGGACACACUUAGAACUGAUAGCAAGGAUUUUAUUGAUAAAUUCAACAACUCAGAAGAAGAAAAGUUGUCGCUUGUGAGUGACUUGGAAUCUGUAAUUACGUUUUACUGCAAAUCACGGGAUUUGACGUACACAAGUGGCAAUGGCUGGUUGGAUAUACUUGGUGCUUUUAUUGCCUUAAACCUUGAACGAUCAGAUCUUUAUAACUGUUUUUAUGCUGUUAUGAGUAAAUAUAUUCCUAGGGAUUGUAAAAAAGACAGUAAAGCAUUUAGUUUAUUCAGAUUAUUAUUAUUAUACCAUGAUCCAGAAUUAUGUAAUUUUCUAGAUACAAAACGAGUAACUCCAGAUUGUUAUGCUAGGCUUUGGCUUGGUAGUUUAUUUACUAACAGUUGUACAUUAUCGGUUGUACAAGCAAUGUGGGAUAUUUACGUACAGCAAGGGGAUCCAUUCCUUGUCUUCUUCCUAUCAUUAGUCAUACUUAUCAAUGCAAGAGAACAUAUUUUAGCUUUAACAGAAGAAGGUAAACAAGCCAUCAUUACGAAUAUUUCAUCAUUUCCAUGUCAGCUAGAAGCAGAUGAUGUUGAAGAUUUCUGUACAUUAGCACAAUAUUAUGCAUCCAAAACACCACAGUCUUUUAGAAGGGAAUAUCAAUCCAUCUUUGGUUUAUCCAUUGCUAAUAUACGUAAUGAUGAAGCGGCAUCUCUCUCUCAAGCAUUGUGCUUACCUGUGUCAAUGUCAGAACUUUUACAGACCAAUCAACAAUCAGGCGAAGGUGUAAGAUUUUUUGUUGUUGAUUGUCGUCCUGCUGAACAGUAUAAUAGUGGUCAUUUACCGAUAGCCUUUCACUUAGAUGCAAAUCUGUUAUUAGAACAGCCAACUGAGUUUUCCCAAGCAGUAAAGGCAUUAUUUGCAGCACAACAACAGGCAAUUAAGGCACAAUCUCUUGCUGGUGGUGAACAUUUAUGUUUUAUGGGUAGUGGUAGAGAAGAAGAGGACCAGUACGUACAUAUGGUGGUAGCACAUUUUUUACAGAGAAAAAGCCAGUAUGUUAGUAUGGCGGCCAAAGGAUUUAGCUCUCUUCAUCAGCUUUUAUCAGAUGAUCUGAACAGUGGUUUAACAGGACACGACAAUAAACGGUGUAUUGUCUGCACACCGGAAGCUGCACAAAAAGAAGUUGAAAUAACUGAAGAUUUAACAAAUCACAAUGAAAGAGGAGCAUCAUUUAUGAAUAAACUUACAUCGACUUUUAAAUCAAAAUCUGCCACAGUCAAGGAAAAAAUGAUAGAUUUUAUUAAAAAUGAACAGCCUCCAAUUGAUAGACAUGUGAGUAGUCAUGAUACGGGGAAGCCAUAUCGUGGAGUGAAACCAGUAUUUACUAUAAAUGAUGAUGAAGAUGAUGGAGAUGAAGUUGGUAGUUUUGGUUCAUCAGACGACGAGAGACGAGAAAUAAUUCACAUAGAGACAUGGCUGAAGAAAUCAGAUGUAAAGUAUAGUUAUCAGUGUCAGGAAGUCAACGAAAAUGGCUACAUGGUACCAAGCUAUUUAUUAGUGACCAAUAGCCACUUGUAUAUCCUGAGAGAAACAAGUCAUAAACCAGGAUUUGCAUUGAUACAAGGACGCCGACCUCUGAACACAAUUGUGAAGAUUACUUCAAAGAAGAGACACCCCGAGCUAAUAACAUUCAGAUAUGGGACUUUAAAUGACGAUGGAAUGAAAAUAGAAUCACUGAAUAGGUUUAUAAUACCUAAAGCUGGUGAUGCCACCAAAUCGAUUAAAAUGCAAAUUAUGAAAGUUUUGGACGCUUUGAGUACGUAAACACAACUUGCCAUCUCUCAUAUGUGAAUUAUUAACUAAUAAUGUGCAAUUUUAGAAGUGAACUGGUCAUGUGAUUCAACCAGUCAUGUGACAAUAUCAGGUGAUUAAUGUCCUUAGUAGGUGGAUUCAAGCACUAGUCAUACUAAUCAUCUUGUACUCAUAGAAUUAG